AUGCAAGUACCCUUCAAGAAUUCAAGCUUUCUGACUUGUUUUCUUUGGAAGAAAGUUGGUAGGAUUGCUGCACUCUUAAAGCCAGAAGAGGCAAUAGAGCAAUUGGACAUAAGAACAAUUGCUGCAUCACCUCUAGAGUAUGAUGUGAAGCGGGAGGAUGUGGAAUCAUUUUUAGGAAAAUAUGUCAAGGUGUCAAGUGUGAGGAUGCCUCGUCACGUGGCAGACAAAAGGGUAUUUCGUGGCACUGCAUUGAUUGAGUUCUCAACAGAGGAAGAUGCUGAAAAUGUUUUGAAGCAAAGUUGGAAGGAAUUUGAUGCAGAAAGAGCAAAACAAGAAGAGGAAUUCAAAAAUUCCCGCCUCUUGACAGUUUCAAAUAACAAGAACUAUUCAAAUGCAGAAGCAACCAAUCCAAAGGGUUUAAUCGUCGCAUUUACUUUAAAGGGCUUGUCAGCUGGAGAUUCUGUGGAAGGCGAUGGUGCUCAAGAGCCUGUCAGUGUUGAUUCAAAGGUCUGUAAAGCUGACGGGGGACUAAAAUCCUCAGAGAACGAUGCUCAAGAAAAUGAACAGAAGGAGUCAGAGAAUGUCUCUGAUGAUAAAGAAAAUAAUGAGAUGAAUGUUGAGGAGGGAAAGGAAGAAAAGGCCAAUGAAGAAAUUGGCUCUGAAAGUAAAGAAAUACAAGUGGAAGAAGGGGAGAAGUCUGCUGAAGAUCCCACUGGAAAGGACAAGGAAAAAGAGGGGAAAUCCAAAGCUGAUGCCUAUAGGGACGACAUGAAUGUUGUAUCGCGUGAAGAUUUGAAGGCUGUCUUGGGAAAAUUUGGCACUGUCAAGUUCGUUGAUUUCAAGAUUGGAGAGGAUUCAGGAUAUGUUAGAUUUGAACAACCUGAAGCAGCACAGAAAGCUCGUGCAACUGCAGUCUUAGCUAAAGAAGGUGGCUUGGUUGUAAAAAAUUUCAUUGCCAUUUUAGAACCAGUGACUGGUGAGGCAGAGGAGGAGUACUGGAACCUGCUGCGUGGCAAUCAAGAAAAACACUGGGAAAAUAAAGGCAACCGCGGAAGUCUCUCUAGUGGAGAUCUGUGUAUAGGUUGCGGCGGUGGGGCUGGAGGAGGCCGCAGUGGUGGUGGUGGUGGUGGUGGUCGUGGUGGUGUGGAGUUGGAGAAUUCAGCACAAUAUGAGACGUCAAGUUGUAGCCAUGCUGAAUGGGCAUCAACUGCACCUUCCAGAGCAAAUAAUGAUUAG